AUUGUAAACAAGGGUCCUCUGUAACAAAGAAGGAAGUUAUUUAAAUUGACAAAAUUUUACGGUUAUGAUUUUAAUUGAUGGUGAUUUCAGAUUAUCAACGACCACACAGAUGUAAUACUUGUGUCCCCGAAGAAGAUAGAAAAAGAAUGAAUACGAAUAAAGAUGGGUGGAGUCUUGUGUUAUGGCUGUCGCUUGCAGUUUUACAUGCGGCAGAAGCAUGGACUUGGUUUGAGGCACAGAAACUAUGUAGAGAAAACAAUGACAGCCUACUAAAUCCUCGUAUGCACAAUUUACCGAAACGGAACUACAGCUACUGGACCGGUGAUUAUCGACGGUAUUCAUUUAGGAUCAAAAUUUUAGAUUGCUACAAGGAACAUAGUAAUGAUGCUACACAGAACUUUCAGAUGGAUAUUCCAUCGGCAGGCUUCUGUCAGGAGAUAUGUGCAACUAUGAAUUCGUCUAUAUUUGGAAUUAAAGAUGAAGAAUGUAAAUGUUUCAAAACGCUUCCUGUUGACAAACCUGUUAAACAGAAACAAUGUGCUGUGACACCUCAGACUGAUAAGGAAAUCAAAUUUGCAGAGCGUGGGGGUGAAUUUGCUUACACUUUAUACGAAUCAGAUUUCAACGUCACAGAAAGAGGUGCAACUACCUGUGUUGCUGUACAAUGUCAGGAGAAGAAACAAUUCUACUUUCAUUCAGAUUGUUCGUUGCCGUUCCAAGCUGUUUGUAAAAACGCGGUUUCAAAAAGCAAUCAGAGCUGGAAGUCAUCAAUGGAGAUAUGUAAAGAUCAACAUUCUUCCUAUUUGGUGGGUAAUGUUUCCCUAAAUGACGUUUACCAGACGUGUGACAGACUCGACAUAUCAUUGACCAGCCCUUCAUGGAUAGGUGUCGCAAAAGAAGUAUACUACGGAUAUGACCGCGGCAUCCCUAUCCACAUAGAAGAAACAGGAUCAUUUUUAGGCUGUGGUCAAUGUGACUACAGACAUGACUGUAGUAGCUUUGUUGAAUGUACAGAACGUGUAGACGCUGUUCUCUGUGAAAAGGGUUUCAGUACUAGAACCACAGAACCUACCACAGCCCCACACAAAACUGGAACACAUUCUAUUACACCGUCUUCCGAUAUAUCUACACAAACCUCAGAGUCUGUCACAGCCGGAAAUAGACCUCGAACAACACAGACGUUUACGUCUAUUUUGAAAACAUCCAUAUACACUUCAGAAACAUCUAUAAAAGACAUGCUGCCUAUUUCCACAACUUCCUCAGUAUUUCACACCAAUAAACGAGAUGUAACAAAUUCAAGUGAUACUUUGAGUAUAGUUCUUCCUUUGGUGAUGACUUCAAUUUUUAUCGGAUGUUUUGCAACAGGAACAAUUCUAUAUAUACGACGAAAGAAAAUACUGGAGAAUCAAAACAACAAGCAGUUGGAACCCAAUGACACAGACAAUAACUAUACUGACAUUGAUAUUGAUGUGAAGAAUAAGAAUUAUUUUGUCCUCGAACCACAGUCUGAAACAAAUUAUAGCAGUUCACAUAUUGUCCAGACAGAUGAAAGCAAUCCUUACAAGGACACUGCAGAGGGAGUGUAUGACCAUCUUAGAGAUAAAGAAUCGAGGAAAAGAAAUGAGAAGGAUGGUAAAUACAACUACAGUAACCCGUAUAAGGAAACAGAUGGGAGACUCUAUCACCAUAUACGAGAUACAGAAUUUGGAAAAUCCACAGCGGAAAAUCACUACGAUCACGCACCACACGCUGCAGAACAAGACUAUUCUGCUCAUGGCGGAAAAGCUUCUGACACUGAGUACGAUCAUGCCAUGUCAUUCUAUGAUUACAAACAGCAUAAUCAAGUUAUUGAAGAGACAGAUGGUGGAUACGCUAAAACUGUUACUGUGUCAUAAGAGAGGGAUGGGUCGUGAAAGCACUAUGUAGAGCACUAUGCUCAUGACAGAAUGAAUGAACACACUUCUGACAAUGACUACGAUCAUGCUACGUUGUUCUAUGAUUACAAUUAACAUCAUCAAGUUAUUGAAGAGAUAGAUGGUGGAUACGCUAAACUGAUAAUGUGUCAUAAGAGAGGGGUGGGUCGUCAGAUUGUUAUGUAAAUAGAUAAAAUCCUUAAGACAUAAAUACUCACACCCUGGUGUAUGCUGUUAAGCCAAAGACUUUAAUGUAUUUUUCACAUGAAGAUAGUGCCAUUGAACGCACUAUAACAUGUAUCAUCUUUGUUUAAUUCAUCAUUAUAUGAUAUAGUUAAGUUUCAUUGUAUUUAACCUAUACAAAUUACCGUCAUUCGUUUGAAUAAUAUCAGUCACUUGCGACAUUUUAAUCAAGAAUGAAUGAAGUUAUCUAUGAAAGUUUCAUCGCUUAAAAUGUAUGGUUACUAAGUCCCAAAUUUAACAAGGUCACUCAACCAAAGGAUGUAGUUCAACUAUAACAUCUGAAGCAAAGUUACUGAAUGUAACAUUACACCUUUCAUAUAUCCAAGUUUCAUUUCAGUAAAAUAUAAGUAAUAUAAUUAUAAGGGCGUGCAACAUAAUAUAUAAGUAGUAUAUAAGUGAAAAGAAUGGAACCUGCGCGCAAAACAUAAUUUGGUCUCUUAUUCAAAAAAUGAAUAUCCAUUGCGCAGUCGCUGGAAUUUCACAUAAACAACACGCCACGAUUUGUAUGCCAAGUUCCUAUUUUUAUGUUGAAUCAUAUCAACUUGAUUCAUUCUUAAAAUAUGAUUAUUAUAAUAAUGUUGUUUUUAUCAAGAUGAGGUUAACGGUCAUUUUCUGAAGGACCUACGCAAGUUACUUGAAAAUUUGUAAUAUCAUUUUUGCUCAAUAUAAUCAAUAAAUUCCAAAUGCCAAGAU